CAGACGGUAGAGUCUUUUUAUGCCAGGAAAAAUAAAGUACUUGGUGUCUCGUGCAAUUUCAGAACCUGAUCUCAAAAGGAUCAUAACAAGGAGAAAAUAAAAUGUAGCUUGGUAGACUGCUCCACGGGAUGUAUUUGUUAAUGGAAUGUUUCUGUGUCAUUACACCAGCAUGAAUAAAACAGGACUGUCACUAAUUUGAAGCUUGAAAAAUGAGCAGACAUAUCUGUUGGAUUUGUAAGCUAUGCAGAACUGAAUCAAAGAGGCUUCCUUCAAACCUUACUUUGGAGGAAGUUUUAGAAUGGGCCCAAUCCUUGGAAAGUCUGAUGGCUACAAAAUAUGGCCCAAUAGUAUACACAGCAUAUUUAAAAUUAGAGCACAGUGAUGAGAACAUCAAAUUCUGGAUGGCAUGUGAAACCUACAAGAAAAUUGCUUCGCGGAGGGGAAGAAUUUCUAGGGCCAAAAAGCUUUACAACAUGUACAUCCGACCACAGUCUCCUCGAGAGAUUAACAUCGACAGUACAACAAGGGAAGCUAUCAUCAAAAGCAUUCAAGACCCCACUCAAACAUGCUUUGAAGAGGCACAAAAGAUUGUGUAUAUGCAUAUGGAAAUGGAUUCUUAUCCCAGAUUUUUAAAGUCAGAAAUGUACCAAAAACUUCUAAAAACUGUUCAAUCCAAAAGCUCUUGAUUACUAUCCAAAAGUUUAAACCAAAGAUGGCAUCUUGCAAGUGUUAACUUAAUUUAGAAAAAUAUACAAAAUGAAAAUGAAAGCAGAAAUGAAAAUGAAACCAAGCUAUGAAUUGAUUUCUAGUUCACAAAGGAGACGAAUUCCAAAUAUAAUGAGUGCCCAAAUAUCAUAACACAAUUUGUAGUAUAAUACAGAGAAGAAUUAACAGAGAAGGGAAAAGAAGCUAGCUUUUAUCAUAUAAACACUAUAACAUUUUUUUUACUAUACUAGACAACUAAUGAUAUUUUUAUUAAAGA